CAUUAAUUCUAAAUUGUGGCAUCUACGCUCAAGAACAAAGGCCAACCGUUCAAAGCAAUAACAACAUUCGACUGAACCAUAACCAUGUCGGCCACUGGCAAGCUCAUCGUAUUCCGAGGCGGCCCCGCAACAAACACCUACGUCUGGAGCCCCUUCGUCACCAAGCUCGAAGCACGUCUUCGCUUCGCUGCAUUCAGCUACAACCGUGACGCUGGAUCCCCACGGUCAGCACCCAAGGGGAAGAUUCCCUAUGUCCAAUUCCCAGAUGCGACGACUCUCGGUGAUUCGACCCUAAUUAUCAAGCACCUGGUGGAUAGAGAUGCACUCCCGGACUUGAAUGCGCCCCUGAAGCCCGCACAGAGGGCGCAGGAUCUCGCGAUCCGAGCAUUGCUGGAGGACAAGCUCUACUUUUACCACGGCAAAGAGAAGUGGUGCGAUAACUACACGACAAUGCGCGACGGUGUCCUCGCAGCCAUACCAUGGCCCAUGCGAAUGAUCAUUGGGUACAUUGCGCAGAGAGGCGCUGUUCAGAUGCUCUACGGCCAGGGCACGCUGCGCCUGCAGGAUGACGAGAUCACAAUGCUGAUGGCUGAGAUCUGGGACAGCGUUGAGGCUCUGCUUCAAGAGGCCAAGGCAUCAAGAAAAGGAGAAAAAGGUCCAUUCUGGGUGCUGGGUGGCAAAGAACCAACAGAAGCUGAUGCUACCCUCUUUGGGUUCGUAGCUGGGGCACUGGUCUGUGAUGCGUGAGUGCCCUUGCGCGAGGUGAUGGACCACUGACAUACUGACAUCCCCUAGGGCGCCAGAGACAAGGCAGAUAGUGCGGGAGCAUCCAGCUGUGCUUGAGUAUGCGGAGCGGAUACACGAUCGGUACUUUCCAGAUUAUGAGCGAUGGGGGUAAGGCUCAUGUGCAAAGCGCGGUAGACUUUCACGUGGGACUUUCAACAAAUUGAAACUGGUCAUGAAAUCAAUAUCUUCACAACCUACUAACAAUGAGAAGCCGGGUCCAGAAUCAGAGGCGUUUCUGGGAAGAGGAUCAAGGGGGCCACGCACCGUGGCGUGGAUAGAAGACCCUCGUGAAAGUACACCGUUUUGAAUAUGGUCGCGUAUCGGCUGCAGCGAAAUAUCUGAUACAGCCAUGUAAGGCCUUUUGUUGUUGCAUAACAGGAGGUAGUCCUUAUCUACGAGCAUAGCUCAGACGGUUGGUAUAUUGUCACGUCCUAG